AUGCCAAUCAUCUUGAUUACUGCAGAUGAGGAUCGACUGGAGUUAAGUACUAAAUUCAUGGAUUGUAAAGAAGAUGACAAGCAUCCGGAUAACUUGAUUGAUGCUCAUCUUCUAUUGCACCAUUGUAUUUGUAUGGAUGAUCAUGAAAUAACAAACAAUGGUGCCGCAUGA